GAGCGACUUCCGGUUAUUACCAAAAGCGAAAAUGAACUGGUUUGGGAGUAAACCUAAGACAAAUGUACCUUCACAGACGAACCUUCAGGCUCACAGAGCAAAACAAAUUGAUUCCUUAAAAAAGAACAACUUGAAUCCAAUAGAGUCUAUACCCAACACAGAAUACAGGGUUCCCUGUCAGUGUGGAGGGAACAACAUCAUACUGAUAAUAUCCCUGCCCCCACAGUUCCCCCAGGAUCCCCCAACAGUAACAGUCACUCCUCCUGUGGUUCACCCAUGGGUAGACCCAACUCAGAAGAUUGUCGGCUGUCAAAAUCUCAACUCUUUUUCCAUGCAUUCUAGUCUUGGCCAAGCAGUGCAUUCUGUUGUUGAAGAAUUCAAGAAAAACCCACCACAGAUACGAUCACAGCCAUAUGGACCUUCCCUUGGUUACCCCCCAGUUCCACCUCCAAAUGCACAGUUUUCUGGCUUUAACCCUGGGGGGAUGACAGGGGGAUACCCUGCCCCGCCCACACUCCCUCCCUCCAUCCCUGGGGGCAGUCAUGUAUCACCUGUACAAGAAAGCAGACUCCAGGCCGAUUCAUCAGAAAGUACACAAAAUGGAGGCAUCCCAGAUAUCAAUGUGGCCUUUCCAGAACUAAAGAAGAAAAGCCUGACCGAGUUGAACUGUAUGUUAAAUGAGGAAGAAAAAAUCCUGGAAAUGAUCCAGAACCUACCGGACGUAGCCAAACUAGCGGAGGACAGAGAAAAGCUGUCUAAUGAAUGUAUAAACUUAGCAAGGGAGAACCUGGCCAAGAAGCCUACCAUCUUACAAAUGAAACAGUGGGUGGCUGACAAGAACAGCCUGUUUGAAAGUAUGCGGGAGGAGUUUGAGAGUAACCAGGAACAACUAAUGUCAGAGUCCGACAAAUUCCAGCCAACCAACAUUCAGACAUGUUUAAAAGUGUCGCUGAUGGAGUCUGAGGAGGAGGCAGAAAAUAUUGUGGGGGAAUUGAUGGACAAGAAAAUGAACAUUGAUGAGUUCAUACAGAGGUUUACGCAAACAAGAAUGUUGUGUCACACACGGCGUGCCAAGGAGGAGAAACUACACCAAAUCAUCAUCCACCAUGGCUACUGAACAGACAGAAUACAAUUAGGAUACUUGACAUGCUUGAUUCAGUUUAUGGAGAAACUACCCCAUCAUGUACCAUGCUAUUGAUCAUAGCUACAGCUUGAAUGGUUCUCUCACCGAGCCCUUCUUCGGCUUCCAAGCUAGAAUAUGCCAUGUUGUCUGUUGUGGGUCAUUUACUGUUUGUGAACUCAAAAUGUCAUAUUGUGUUAUUUGUGAAUUACAAGCAUGGCCAGAUAGAGAAUGAAGGAAACAAUCAACACAACAAUUCCUGUUAUACAGCUUGCAUAUUUUAAUUCAUUUUGAUAAGAAAUAUAUUACCUAGAUCAACAUUCUUAACAUGCAGGUAAGUACCGAUCCAGCUACUAAGCACACAACAUUGAUGAACGAAAUAGUGAGCACGUCUUGGGUUAUAACACAUUGCUAGUUCAUAUUCCUUGGCUGUUACAUGAUUCCCUGUUUCAAGAAGUCUUGGCCUGGGGAAUCCUGUGUGUCCUCCCUGUGUAUCAAUACACCUUCCCUAGCCACUGGGAACUGGCCUUACAAAGUACCACUUGAUCCCACCGCUGCCACCAAAUGUAACAUUGGGGCGGGCACCCAUCGUGCCAAUGACCACACUCAACAUUGAUGAACUAGUGGGCACAUCCCCACGUUAUACUACAUAGCCUUUCAGCUGUAAGGCAGUAUUUUCCCCUCAUCUUCCUUGGCUGUAACAUUUUAACAAGGUUAUAUGGUUAUAUUCCUUUAAUGAACUAAGAUGUUUUAAAUCAUAUUAGCCAAUUACCUUAAGUGUUGAAGGGCUUUAGAUAAAUGGGUUUGGCUCACAUUCAAUAAAACAGAAGUCAAAUGUGGAAAAAUCCUUGAAUGACCAAUGACUUUAAGGCCUAUAGCUAGAAUCUGUUCAGUUCUCAUGCUUCCCUGUUGAACUAUGUAUCCUUCAACUUGUGCUGUAUUUGAAUCUAUAGACAUAUCUCAUCAUGGCCCUAAAUCUGUGAUAAAAGGACAGAAUCCAUUCAAUUUUGAAAUGUCUCUCGGAGAUCAUUUGUUUAAACAUUGAUUUACGGCCCGAUUCCAAAGGAAUGUUCAUGGGUAAAUGAAUUAUAUAAUUUUGUGUGUUUGAACUUCAGUCUCUUUCAGAACACCAGGUUAUAUUUACCUUACAUUCCAAUCACACGUAUAACGUAUGUAUCACUUUCCGUUUAUUAUUCAUCCCACAACGAAGUAAGGAGGGUGGUACAUGUAUACAGGAAUCAGCCCAUAUGUCAUGUUUAUUUGUGUUUAUCACAUGACUACAGUAAUACAAAUGUAUCAUACUUGUGUGUAUGAAAUCCUGUUAUAUACUGACAUCAUCAAAUAUUAACGAAUGACAUUAUGUUAUGACAUCACAAUGGAGACAUCCAUAUGGCGGGAUUUUAGACUUAGCUAAUGAGCUUCUUUCACUUUAUUUGCAAACAUUAUUUAUCAUGUGAUCAAAAGAAUCUUGAGUUUGCCAGUCUUGCUGAAAUGAAAAAGACUUAGAUUCAUAAAUGUUAUAUGAAAUGGAAAAUCCUUUAGGAGUUUUCAUUUCCAUUUAUAUGAUUUAUUGUAAUAGGACGAGGAAUAGUGAU